UGCUUUCCUUCUUUUUUCAAAACAAAAAAAGACAAUGUCAGAACCUGUUGACCAAAAGAAUCUCCAAAAGGACCCUGUUACUGGAGAAAUGAUUUCCAAGUCCGAGUUCAAGAGACGUGAAAAGCUCCGUGCAAAGGAAGCUGCAAAGGCUGCAAAGGCUGCUGCUGCUCCUGCCAAGGAAGCUGCUCCCAAGGAAAAGAGCGCUGAAGAAGGUGAAGAGGAAUUGAACCCUAACCAAUACUUUGAAUUACGUUCCAAAGUUGUCAACAAGCUUCGUGACGAGCUUAAUCCUAACCCAUAUCCUCACAAGUUCCAAGUCACAUUGAGUCUUCCUGAAUUCAUUGAAAAGUACAACAAGCUUGAAGUUGGUGAACGUCUUGACGAUCAAGUUAUCUCUGUUGCCGGUCGUAUCCACAACAAGCGUGCUUCUGGUGCCAAGCUAAGGUUCUAUGACUUGCACGGUGAUGGUGUUAAGAUCCAAGUCAUGGCUGCUCUUCAAGAUAAUGAAGGUGAUGACUAUGCUCAUAUUCAUGAUCUCCUUAGACGUGGUGAUAUCAUCGGUAUUACUGGUGUUCCCGGUAAGACUAAGCGUGGUGAAUUGUCCAUCUUCCCCAAGAAGGUUCAACUGUUGUCUCCUUGUCUUCGUAUGUUGCCCAAGGCCAACUAUGGCUUUAAGGAUUUGGAACUUAGAUAUCGCCAGCGUUACCUCGAUUUAAUCAUGAACGGCUUUGUCCGUGACAAGUUUUAUAUUCGUGCCAAGGCCAUCACUUACCUUCGUUCCUUCUUGGAUCAACGCGGUUUCCUUGAAGUAGAAACACCCAUGAUGAACAGAAUUGCUGGUGGUGCUACUGCCAGACCUUUCGUCACUCAUCACAAUGACUUGAAGUUGGACAUGUACAUGCGUGUUGCUCCUGAAUUAUAUUUGAAGAUGUUGGUCGUAGGUGGCCUCGAUCGUGUCUAUGAAAUUGGCCGUCAAUUCCGUAAUGAAUCUAUUGACAUGACCCACAACCCCGAAUUUACAUCCUGUGAAUUUUAUAUGGCUUAUGCUGAUAUGUACGAUCUCAUGGACAUGACUGAAGAACUCGUUUCAGGUUUAGUCAAGAGUAUCUUUGGCAAGUACCAAGUUGAAUAUCAUCCUCAUGGACCCGAAGGGCCCGUCAUGAACAUUGACUUUAGUCCUCCAUUCAAGCGCCUUGAUAUGAUUCAAACAUUAGAAGAAAAGUUAAAUGUCAAGUUCCCUCCUGGUGAUCAACUUCAUACAGCAGAAGCUAACAAGUUCCUGUCAGAUCUCUGUAUUAAGAACAAGCUUGAUUGUUCUGAGCCUCGUACAAAUGCCCGUUUAUUAGACAAGUUGGUUGGUGAAUACCUCGAAGUUGACUGUAUCUCACCCACCUUUAUCACUGGUCACCCACAAAUGAUGUCUCCCUUGGCCAAGAAGCACCGUGAUCGUGCUGGUCUUUGUGAACGUUUCGAACUGUUUGUUGCUACCAAGGAACUCUGUAACGCUUACACAGAAUUGAACGAUCCUUUCGAUCAACGUGAACGUUUCGCACAACAAGCACAAGAUAAGGAAGCCGGCGAUGAUGAAGCUCAAUUGAUUGAUGAAAGCUUCUGUCAGGCACUGGAAUUCGGUCUUCCUCCCACUGGUGGUUGGGGUAUGGGUAUUGAUCGUCUUGCCAUGUUCUUAACCAACUCAAAUAAUAUCAAGGAAGUUCUCUUAUUCCCUGCCAUGAAGCCCGAAGAAAACAAUUAAUUUCUUUUAAUAAUAAACACUGUUUUUUU